AUGGCGUCCUCUACAGCAUCUGUACCUGGUUCUAAAGCUAAGGCUAAGCAUAAAAAUGCAGCUGGGACUCGUGGUGAUCCGGGGUGGGAUCAUGGAAUUGAUCUUGAUGGUAAUGGUGUAAGGGUGAAAUGCAAUUACUGUCAAAAUGAAUACAAAGGGGGCAUCUAUCGGUUGAAGAAUCAUCUUGCAGGAAAUAAGGUUAAUGUUGAGGCUUGUCUUAGUGUGCCUGAUGCAGUUAGGAAUCAAUUUCGGGAAUUGUGGGAUGCCAAAGAAGAAGCAAAAGCGAAAAAAGGAAAGAUUUACAUGAUUAUGGACAACAUAGAAGGGGCAUCCAACAAUGAUUCAGCUAGUGCAUCUGAUAUAAGGAAGCAUUUAGCUAGUGGCAGUGACACUGAGAAGCAAACAACAAUGAGUGCUCUUUUGAAGAAAGAACUCAGGAAAAAAGCAUGCAAGAUAAUAUCAAAAUGGUUCUAUGAAAAUGUACUUCCGUUCAAUUCAUCGAGGAGUUAUACAUAUCCUCAGAUGUGGAAAGAUGUAGCUCGACAUGGUCCUGGUUUUAAGCCUCCAUCCUACCAUGAGCUAAGGGAGACAUUUAUGAAAGAGGAAAUAAAAGUAGUGGAGGAAAAACUUGAGAUAUUCAAAGAUGAAUGGAAGACAAUGGGUUGCACAAUCAUGUCUGAUGGAUGGACCGAUAGGAAAAGGCGUUGCCUUUGCAACUUUUUGGCUAACAGUCCUAGAGGUAUUGUAUUUAUCGAGUCUGUCGACACUUCAGAUUUUCCAAAGACUGCUUCAAAGGUGUUUGAAAUGCUAGAUGAUAUUGUUGAGAAGGUUGGGGAAGAAAAUGUUGUUCAGGUUGUGACCGAUAAUGCUUCAGCUUACAAAGCAGCAGGGAAAUUAUUAAUGGAGAAGAGAAAGCAUCUAUUCUGGACACCAUAUGCAGCUCAUUGCAUAGACUUGAUGUUAGAGGAUUUUGAGAAGCAUAUUAAGGUUCACAAGUCUACAAUCACCAAAGGUAAGAAGAUUACAAAUUUUAUAUAUGUGAGGCCGAUGCUUAUUGCCAUGAUGAAGGAGUUCACUGCGAAUAAAGAAUUGGUGAGGGCAGCUGUUACAAGAUUUGCUACUUCUUAUCUGACUUUGGGAUCUCUUAGUGAGAACAAGGGUCAAUUGAUGACAAUGUUCUCUUCAGAGAAGUGGAGAAAGAGUAGCUUUGCUAGUAUUCAAGAAGGAAAAAGAGUUCAUGGGAUUGUGCUUGAUGGUAGAUUCUGGCGUGAUGUGACAACCUGUCUUAGAGCCGCACUUCCUCUUGUGAAGGUUUUACGCUUGGUUGACUCUGAUGAAAAACCAGCAAUGCCGUUCUUGUACUUUGAGUUGACUGAAGCAAAGGAGAAGAUCAAGAAAAACUUCAACAAUGUGGAAAGCAGGUAA